ACUACUGCACCUGCAGAUCACGCAAGCACCUUCCUGCCUGAAUCAAGGAAGUAGAGCAGAGGGAGGCUGUUCAGCAGCAUAACAGCCCCCCUCGGUUACAGCAGCACAGAGCAGAGGGAGGCUGACAAGCACAGGAAGCACAGUUACUGCCCCCAACGUUAUUAAAGCAAAUUGAACGACACUGCGGUAAAAGGACACUCUCGGACACUUUGAAGACGAUGGAUCUCUCUGCACUUAACCCUUUCCUGCCCGGCCAGACAGAGAAGUUUGCCACAUUCCUGGACAAAGCAGUUGGGCUGCAGUGAACGAAGCCUCUUAAUGUUUCAUUUUACAGACCGAAGUCACGGUGAAAGCUGUGCUGUACACUAAAGGGUCUCUGUUUGUUUGUGUUUUAUCUCAGCAAGGGUUUAUAUUUCGAGGAUUUCCAACACGCUAAGGUGAACCCGCUCCCACGCCCCUCAUCCUGUGAUGUUUUGUCUGAUAUUUUGCAGUGAAUUUGAAACUGGUGAUAGAAUUCUGAGGUUUGAUUCUGAGGUCAAACAAAGGCGUCAGCCUCAGCCUUGACCUGACUUUGUUUCUUCUCAGCUUUACCUUGGCAUUGCGACUGAGCGUUUUGAAGUUCUGAUUGAAGGACAUUGAUCCGUGUGCUGUGGGCAGCUGGCCCAGCUAUACUGGUUUGACUGGAACUGCCUGUUUUCUACCCCGGACUGUCAUGUGUUUCAGCUUUUGCUUGUUAAAGAAACCGUUAAUAAACCAGUAGAGAGUGCUGGAUAACCAUGUAUUUGCUAAGUUGUCUCUGUUGUAUUUUGGGGUAUGUCUCAGUCACUGAAUUGCAUUGUACAGCCUUACUUACAAACCACCAAUUAAAAACCAGUAAGAACAUAAGAAAGGUUACAAACGAGAGGAGUCCCCAUUCAGCCCAUCUUGCUCGUUUGGUUGUUAGUAGCUUAUUGAUCCCAGAAUCUCAUCAAGCAGCUUCUUGAAGGAUCCCAGGGUGGCAGCUUCAACAACAUUACUGGGGAGUUGGUUCCAGACCCUCACAAUUCUCUGUGUAAAAAAAGUGCCCCCUAUUUUCUGUUCUGAAUGCCCCUUUAUCUAAUCUCCAUCUGUGACCCCUGGUCCUUGUUUCUUUUUUCAGAAACAGCCCCCCCCUCCUCUCUCCCUCUUCACACUACAAUGUGUCUCUGAUUAAAGUGAGGAAUCACAACUAGAAUAUUUGUUUCAGGUACAGUUGUAAAUAAGUUGUGUUCAUCAUGCUGCUAAGUUUCUUCUCCUAGUAGGGAAUCCCAUGUGGAAUUUUUCAAAGUUACUUAGAUCUAAUCUAAGUAAGUUUUGCUGCUUUUCUAAACUAAGUGUUGCUAUAGUCAGUAAAUUUGAAACAGCCUGAAACCUGGUUGAGGAGGCAGGUAGAAUCGGGUCCAGAACCCUUUUGAAAAUCAGCUGGACUGAAAGUUCUUUUUAAAUGGGUCAAAUUUACUGUUAAAAACAAAACUGCUUGGAGCUAGGGGCCAGUUUCACAAAGCACUGACCGCACUUUCAAAAAAACAAACAAACAAUGUUUUAAGACAGAACGACAAAGUUUAGUAGAAAUCCACUCAGCGAGUCUGCAUGAUUAAAUGUAUUAUUUUUUAAAAUUAUGUAUUGGAUUUAGCAGACUGCUACCUGGUCUUGCUUUGUGAAACCAGCCCCAGGAGAUUGAAAUGUUACCAAGAGACUUCAAUCUAAUGAAAGCACUAAGCUGAUGCGUGUGUGGUGCUGGGUUCCGGUUGUCAGCGAGAUCUUGAACAGGAAAUGGAAAUGCAUAUAUAUCUGUGUCGAGCUGCACCACAGAUGCACAAGCAAGCACCGUUUCAUCAGCAGAGAGCAGAGAAUCGUGGCUGUCAGCAAAGGGAAAUACCAGAGUUACAGAGUGAUGGAGCGGGGAACAGCACUGGUACUGACUGUGCUACUUCUCCGAGGGUUUGAGUGCAGCGGGGAGGCCAGCACUGGUGUGCGCUGCCUCAUCCAUGACGAGGACUACACUGAGUGCACCUGGAAGGAGACGGGCAGGCCAGACCGCAACUACACCUUCCAGAGCAGGUACAGGACAGGCGCUGAGUAUGCAGAGUGCCCGAGUUACACCCAGGUGGAGGGCUACAAUGUGGGCUGCAGACUGGAGUACAACUCCCACAUGCGCUUUGCAACUUUCCAAGUGCAGCUGUCCUCAGCCAACAACACGGCCAUCUGGAACAAAGACAUCAACCUGAAACCAUUAGUGAAACUGUACUCCCCAGUAAACCUGACCGUGGACAACAGCAGCAGCAAUGGUCUGUACCUGUACUGGAACACCAGCAUGAGCAAAUCCCAGUGCCUGGAGUCCAUAGUGAGGUAUAGAAGCAGCACGGACUCUGCCUGGCAGAACUCCCCAACAUUUACUUCUCAGAGGUACUUUAACUUGCCCUUUGCCGAUGCUGAAGAGCUGUAUGAGUUCCAAGUGAAGGUCAGGAUCAAUGAGUUCUGUGGCGCAUCUGACUACUGGAGUGACUGGAGCCAGCCUGCGUACUGGGGGAGCAAUGCCACCAGUAAAGACACAGACAUUCACUUCAGCUUCAACCCCUCUGUGGUCAUCUAUCCCAUCAUGGGCUCAGCCGUGCUGCUCAUCCUCGCCUGCUGUCUGAUCCACAAUGAACGACUGCGCAUCAUCCUGGUGCCUGUCAUCCCCAACCCUGGGAAGAACUUCGAGGAACUCUUCAACAGCUACGACGGGAACUUCCAGGAGUGGCUUCAUGUUUCCAAGGACAUCGUGGACGGAUUCAAGCCUAACUUCUCCGAGCCGGUGUGCACAGUGAAGGAGCGGGCGGGGAGCAUGUCUAAUAGCUGUGGGGGCCCGGGGGGGUCCGUGAGAUCAGACUGCUCUCUCCUCAUCCCCGAAGACGACCCGGACUGCGUCUCCACCAGCAGCGCCUCCUCCAGCUCCACCCUACCGGCCCCCCCCUACGAGGUGUAACCAGGGCCCCCCAACCAGCCACCUCAGCCCCCUGGGGAAGGGUGGAGCGCCACCCAACCAUUCACACAUGCGUCCCUCAUUCACCUCGCAGUGUUGCUUCACUUCAUAUCGGUUCAGUACUCUCCUCAUGCGGUUCAGGGAUCUCUGCUCAGAUCCCAGCGGGCUCUCUGUUGCUCUUGUCACUUGGUUCUUAGUCACACAGAGAAGGCAUCGAUCUGAGCUGCAGCAGCUUGGCUCAGCCAUACAGGCUACCAUCUGGUAAUUGCAGAUCAGCAAGCCUCACUUGAUACAAUGCAGUAGAGGCGUUCGUAUCCAUGCACGUUUCAAAUGACCUCUAGCACACUUCUCAUCUGAGAUCUCGGGCUGUUCUAACUUGCACAGCUCCUAUGGUUUGUACUGAAAGGUAUUCAGUUUUCAGGAUGAAACUUUUUGAUACGGUUUAAAAGGAGUUUGUUUAUAGUAGAUGCUCCUAAGUUUUUUUUUUUUGUUUUAAUUUGAUUAAGUUGUUUGUAUUGGUUGUGUUCAUUUGAAUUUGUGUUUUUAACCUUCUUAACCAGAGCUCCCUUGAAAAGAUAUUGUAAUCUCAGUGGGACUUUCUCCAGAGCCGUGUGUGUGUGUGGUCAGAGGGAAGAUUGACAUGCCUUUGGAAUGCAGGUGGAGGCUGUGCAGAAACGCGGACUGGACCAGCCCUCGAGGAGCAGGGCUGAGGAGCUCGGGAGGUACCAGCCACUUUCCUCACUGUGGUCUACAGCAGUAAUUUAUGUACUUAGAAAAUGAAGGAAAAGCACUAUCUGAGCAUGUCCUUGCUGCUGCGUUAAGACUGCUGUCUACAUUCUGCUCCGCUUAUGAAUAUUAUAUUGUUUGCUGCCAAAAAAAAAUGAUACGUUUUUAGGAUUUCAUGUUCUUGUGUGUCGUUUCAACUAGGGUUAAUGUCGAAUGCUGUUAUUAAAAUGUUUAGAAUGUGUAGCGCUCCAUAGCCUUUGUGCAAAUACACACAUAUAUAUUUUUAUAUUUGUUAAGUUUUGUAAAAGCUGCAUAAUCAAAUAAAACAUAUUCUUUUUUUAAACCCAA